AUGACCGAAAGAAAAACACAUUUUAACGUGAGCAUCAAAGUGAAGGAUGAAGUUAUCGAGAGAAGCAGCAGUUCAAAAAGUAUUAAUAAAGAAAAACAUUUAAUUCAAAAUGAAGUAUUGGAUCUAGAAAGUCCUGAUGAAAAAUCAAAUUUUCCUCUCAGAGAUAAAUGGGGGAGUUCAACAGAAUUUGUACUUUCAUGUAUAGGAUGGUCUGUAGGAUUUGGAAAUGUAUGGAGAUUUCCAUAUUUAGCUUAUAAAAAUGGUGGAGGAGCAUUUCUCUUUCCAUACUUCAUACUUUUAAUUUUAAUUGGAAAACCAAUGUAUUUUAUGGAAGUGGCACUUGGUCAGUUUUGUAGUCUUGGACCGUUUUCAGUUUGGAGAUGCUUUCCUUUAGGAAAAGGAGUAGGAGUAGCUAUGAUUGUUGUCUCCUUUAUUCAGUCUAUAAGUUAUAAUGUUUUGAUGGCUUAUACAUUAUUUUUUUUGGCUCAAUCUUUUCAAGCUGUAAUUCCUUGGAGUAAUUGUUAUGAAUGGUGGGGAGCUGAUAGUUCUUGUUAUGUACGGAAUAUACAUCAGGUCAAAUGUGCAAAUAUGAGAGAUACAGUAAUGCUUUGUAAUGUUAAUAAAACUACAAUGAUGAAUGUUUCUAAUAUGAUUAAUUGUACAAAUGCCACACAAACUGCAUCUGAACAAUUUUGGGAACGUUAUGUUUUGCAACUUAGUUCAAGUAUAGAUGAAAUAGGUUCUAUUAAAUGGGACUUGGCACUUUCCUUAUUUAUUGCUUGGCUAAUUGUAUUUCUCUGUUUGAUAAAAGGUGUGAAAAGCUCAGGCAAGGUCAUUUAUUUUACUGCAACAUCACCCUAUAUUAUUUUAAUCUCUCUAUUUAUUUAUGGAGCAACAUUAGAUGGAGCAUCAGAUGGAAUAUAUUUUUUGUUUGUUCCUAAAUGGGAAAGGCUUACAGAUUUAAAGAUAUGGUUGGCUGCAGCAGAACAAUUAUUUUAUUCUUUGGGUCUAUCUUGGGGAAGUCUCAUAAUGUUUGGUAGUUAUAAUCAUUUUCACAAUAAAAUACACAAACAAGCCUUAUUAGUAAGUUCCUUGGAUUUUAUCACAAGUUUGUUAGCUAGUUUAGUAAUAUUUUGUGUUCUUGGAAUGUUAGCUAAAGAAACUGGACUUUGUAUAGAUGAAGUUGUUAAAGCAGUUAAAACAGGAGUAGGAGUAGCUAUGAUUGUUGUCUCCUUUAUUCAGUCUAUAAGUUAUAAUGUUUUGAUGGCUUAUACAUUAUUUUUUUUGGCUCAAUCUUUUCAAGCUGUAAUUCCUUGGAGUAAUUGUUAUGAAUGGUGGGGAGCUGAUAGUUCUUGUUAUGUACGGAAUAUACAUCAGGUCAAAUGUGCAAAUAUGAGAGAUACAGUAAUGCUUUGUAAUGUUAAUAAAACUACAAUGAUGAAUGUUUCUAAUAUGAUUAAUUGUACAAAUGCCACACAAACUGCAUCUGAACAAUUUUGGGAACGUUAUGUUUUGCAACUUAGUUCAAGUAUAGAUGAAAUAGGUUCUAUUAAAUGGGACUUGGCACUUUCCUUAUUUAUUGCUUGGCUAAUUGUAUUUCUCUGUUUGAUAAAAGGUGUGAAAAGCUCAGGCAAGGUCAUUUAUUUUACUGCAACAUCACCCUAUAUUAUUUUAAUCUCUCUAUUUAUUUAUGGAGCAACAUUAGAUGGAGCAUCAGAUGGAAUAUAUUUUUUGUUUGUUCCUAAAUGGGAAAGGCUUACAGAUUUAAAGAUAUGGUUGGCUGCAGCAGAACAAUUAUUUUAUUCUUUGGGUCUAUCUUGGGGAAGUCUCAUAAUGUUUGGUAGUUAUAAUCAUUUUCACAAUAAAAUACACAAACAAGCCUUAUUAGUAAGUUCCUUGGAUUUUAUCACAAGUUUGUUAGCUAGUUUAGUAAUAUUUUGUGUUCUUGGAAUGUUAGCUAAAGAAACUGGACUUUGUAUAGAUGAAGUUGUUAAAGCAGACCAAGGAUUGGCAUUUGUUGUAUAUCCAGAAGCAUUAGCAACAUUGUGGCUUCCCCAGUUAUGGACAUUUUUAUUUUUCAUGAUGAUGCUGCUUCUUGGUAUAGACAGUGAAUUUGCAUUAUUGGAGACUUUAACAACAGUCAUUUAUGAUGAAUUUCCAAAAUUACGGAAAUAUAAAAUAGAAAUAUUAUUAUUUCUUUGUAGUCUUUGUUUCCUCUUAGGACUACCUUGUGUUACACAGGGUGGUGCUUACAUAUUUAAUAUCAUGCAUACUUAUGGAGCAGGAUUUCCCCUUUUAUUUAUAGCAAUUUGUGAACUACUUUCUAUUAUGUGGGGAUAUGGAAUGAAUCGUUUAUGCUGUGAUUUCGAAAUGAUGUUAGGGAUAAAAAUUAAUUAUUAUUUUAAAGCUAAUUGGCUUGUUAUUUCACCAGUGAUAUUAUCAAUUAUAUUUAUUUAUGGUAUUUCUACGCAUGAAAGAUUAGCUUACAAUGAUCAAAAUAAUCCUGACUGGGCUGAAACUGUUGGUUGGAUUUUAGCAUUAUCAUCCAUGAUUCAGAUACCUUUAUGGGCAGUCAUAACUCUUAUUAAAUAUAGAAAUAACCUUCAUCAAGCCAUAUAUCCAACAUCAGACUGGGGACCUGAAGAUGUAGUCAUUAAAAAUGAAUGGUUGAAAAUGGUAAAUGAAAUGAAAGUUAAAUAUCUACAUAAAAUUGUACAAGACACUACCGAAAGUCAAUUGUAAAUAACGUAUUUAAAUAAAGGACAGUUUUUAUUUGUGUGUUAUUAAUUAAAUAAUAUUACUCUUGCACUUAUUAAAUUUGCUGGAGUUUGUGGCAUUAACUAAGUACUGUACACCAAUCAAAACCUUGACAAUCCAGUAAAUAAUUCUAAUUCUUUUUGCCUCUGACCUUACCAGUGGCUUGCAGUCCAUGGAAGCUGUGGAAAUGCCGCUUUUC